UUGCAGGUCCUGGGGUCCCGGUGGCGGCCCGAGCGCUCGGUGCGCAGGCAGCGGGCGGGUGGUCCCCACCCCCACCGGCGCGUGCGCGCCCGGCCCCUCCCUCCCCACCCUCCUCUGCUCCCGCGCGGCGGCGGCGGCGGUUCCUCUCCCCCUCCCCCCAGCCCUGGCUCCGGGGGACCCCGCGAUGCCGGUCCGCACCGAGUGUCCCCCGCCGGCCGGUGCCUCGGCUGCCUCUGCGGCCUCUCUCAUCCCGCCACCGCCUAUCAACACCCAGCAGCCCGGCGUGGCCACCAGCUUGCUCUACAGCGGCUCCAAGUUCCGCGGCCACCAGAAAAGCAAGGGGAACUCAUACGACGUAGAGGUGGUGCUGCAGCAUGUGGACACAGGAAACUCUUACCUUUGUGGGUAUCUGAAGAUUAAAGGCCUUACUGAGGAGUAUCCAACUCUUACAACCUUUUUUGAAGGAGAAAUAAUCAGCAAAAAACACCCUUUCUUAACUCGCAAGUGGGAUGCAGAUGAAGAUGUUGAUCGGAAGCACUGGGGCAAGUUUCUGGCUUUUUAUCAGUAUGCAAAAUCAUUUAAUUCAGAUGACUUUGACUAUGAAGAACUAAAGAAUGGGGAUUAUGUCUUCAUGAGGUGGAAGGAGCAGUUCUUGGUCCCAGACCAUACAAUCAAAGACAUCAGUGGUGCUUCCUUUGCCGGGUUCUAUUACAUCUGCUUUCAGAAGUCAGCAGCCUCCAUAGAGGGCUACUACUAUCAUCGGAGUUCAGAAUGGUAUCAGUCCCUCAACCUGACCCAUGUUCCCGAACACAGUGCACCCAUCUAUGAGUUCCGGUGACAGCGGUUCAGAACAGCAGCCAAAUAAAACUGACCUUGGCAACAAAGAGCUUUGCCACAAAAAUUGUGUACCUGCCAGAACCAGGAGAGGUGUGUUCCUGUUUCGUCACAAGCAGACUCGCAUCAGAAAGCAUGAAUGUUAACCCACAGAAUCCAAGGAGCAUGGCCGACCAGAUCGGCAAGGCAGGCAGAGGGAGCUGUCGGCUCCCUUGCUCCUCCCUCUGUGGCAAUGUGGUCAUCAUCUGUUUCUAAGCUACCUUAAACGCACUUUCCUUUCUGCACAGCUAACUUCUGCAUCACUGAAAUGCCGUCCUUCCUCGAUCCACCUCCAGCCUAAUGGAAGGUCAGCUCCCAGGUCUCCUCAGCCUUGGUGCUCAGUGGUCCCCAUCCAGGCCCUGCUCCUCCCCCAGUUGCUUGUCCAGUAGCCCCAGAAAAGGCAGAGCCCCAGCACCUCUGUGCCCGAGCUCUGCGAGGAGUUGGCCAGCCCCAGCAUCUGCCGCCAAUGAAAUGAGGCGGGACCCUGCUGGACCUCAUCGGUCUUUGGUUCUGAUUCCAGGGAUGCUUCGUGGGGUCAGUGGCGCUGCUAAGCCCUGAACUGUAAGCAGCGUGAAGCUAACAUGUGGCUGUCAGGUUCCUGGGCCUGCCUUCGGGGAUCACUAUAUGUAAGGCUUCCAGAUCCCUGGCAGGAACACAUCCCAAACCUGCUUACUCAGUAAGUUUGCUCCAAACUUUUGAACAAGAGGGCAAUACAAAACUUAAAAAUAAGAGUUUUUUAUGACAAAAUUAUUUUUAUGGUCCCUUUAAAUGAGGACCCUAUGGCAAAUGCACAAUUAUUCAGAAUUACAUUUUAUCGUUUUCACAUUGAAAACAGCAAAUGUUGACUUAGUAAUUUUUAUAUCUAUAUGUAUAUGUAUAUUUAAUCAACCAGCAGUUUUAAAACAAGUCAUCUUGGUACAGAAGUUUUGCAGCACCGCAUAAAUUAUAGUGCUAAACACAGGAACUGUUUUGGGGGCCAGUUUAGCGUUUGUACCUCCUCCUUUUGCUACUCAAAACAGCAGUGCUUCAUGGCAACCUUUUCCAUGAGGCAGAAGGGGUCUUUGUUCUGAGAAAUAAUGACUCUGAAAUGUUGGGAUGAGGGGUGAACAUGCUCCGAUAACUAGAGGCUCAUGUGCCAAAGUGUGUGUGUCUGCGUGCGUGUGUGUUUUGUUUUUGUUUUUCUAAAUGUUUAAAAAAGCUAAAAUGGGUUGGUAUCAGUUUUAGCCCACAGAGAUGGGCAAGGUUGUGGGAGUGGGAAUUUGACUUUUUUUUUUUUUUGGUGGUUUACAAGGCUUAGUCCGAACAUAAAAGGAAAAGCUUUAAAAAAAAAAAAAAAAUCUAGCAUCAGGGCUAGAGGUGUAGCUCAGUGGUAGAGUGCUUGCCUAGCAU